AUGGCUCCGACACAAGUGAAAGAGCGCUACGAUGGUUUCAUAGAACACGAGGAAAAGAUACCAAAGAUCAAGACUCUCGGUCAUCUUCGUCUGAGAGAUUCGGAGACCAAUGAGGUUAUUCUAGUACCUACGCCUUCAUCAGAUCCGAAGGAUCCUCUCAAUUGGCCGCGAUGGUUCAAGCUGUACACUGCCGUCGCAGUAUGUCUCGCCAUGGUUCUUUGCAAUUUCCUCGCUGCCGGCCCUACCAUGGCAAUUGUCCAGACUGCACAAGACUUCUUCCCCGAUUGGAAGACGACCGGUCUAUCAGGCGCGAUUGCCAAAACAGCCUACUUCUUCAAUUGCACGGCCCUUUUCCAGGGCUUGGGUAAUCUGAUGUGGAUGCCCCUUAUCAACAAGUAUGGACGUCGAGCUGUUUACGUGACCUCCUUUACUAUCUAUACAAUUACUGCCAUCUGGUGCGCUGUCGCUACACAGUAUGCCAACUUCCUCAUCGCUCGAAUCGUCAUGGGAAUUGCGGCUGGAGCUGGAGAGUGCCUUGCCCCUAUUACCAUUGCUGAUAUUUUCUUCUUGCAUGAGCGUGGAGCUAUCACUGCUCUGUACAAUGCCUCCCUGAACUUCGGUGUCGCUAGCGGUGCCGUCAUCGAUGGAUUCAUCGUCAAGUUUCACCCAUGGCGCUACAUCUACUAUGUCGCCAUUGCCUUGAUCGGUGCCAUUACUCUCGUCGUGUACUUCACCUUCCCCGAAACAGCCUAUAUCAGAGCCCCUGCCACGACCGAAAGUAUCACAACGUUGUCUCCCUCCGGCGAGCGCGUCCGUCGAAGCACAAAGGUGGAGGAGGCAGGAGUCGCUUCCGAGAUCCACGAAGAAGUCGUUGCUCAGGAAUCAAGCAUCGGACAUGGUUGGAAAGAGGGUUUGAAGCUAUACCAUGGUAGAUACACCGAUGAAUCCCUGUGGCAAAUGACAAUUCGCCCUGUGGGCCUGUUGAUCCUUCCACCCGUCUUAUGGGCUACUCUUGUGAUGUCAGUCACCAUCGGAUUCAUCACAGCCAUCACAUCCAACGUUGCCUCGGCAUUCUCCGAUACAUAUGGAUUUGCCGCAUGGCAAUCUGGUCUCUGCUUCUGUGCCGCGAUCGUCGGAUGUGUCUUUGGUAUCGCGCUUGGUGGUUAUCUCUCUGAUUGGGUCGCUGAUAUCUUCACCCGCCGAAACAACGGUAUUCGUGAGCCCGAGAUGCGUCUUCCUGCUAUGAUGAUUAGUGUCAUUACUGGCCCGCUUGCAUUGGCGCUGUACGGGUGUGGUAUCCAUUGGAAGAUGCACUGGAUGGCUACAAAUGUCUCGCUGGUUUACACUAUUGAUAGCUACCGUCCCGUUGCGGGAGAGGUCGUUGUCACCCAGCUUGCUUUCAAGUCUGCUUUUGGUUUCUUGCUUGGUUUCUAUACUAACCCUUGGGUUGACAUUCAUGGAUAUAAUGUGGCUUAUGGAGAGAUGGCGGCAAUCUGCGGUGGUGUUCUCAUUUUCUGGAUUCCGUUGUUCAUCUGGGGAAAGAAGAUUCGUGAAAAGACUUUGAGCUGGCGGGUUAUGAGCUGGGUGCAGUGGGACGAGGACAGAGAGGUUGGAGAGUAG